GACAUUAUAACGAUCAAUCAAAAGAAUUGAUUUAAUAAAAUAAAAAAGGCAUUUAAAUCAUAGACCUAAUUUAAAUUGAUUUCCAAUGUGUAGCUGUUGAAUUGAAGAUAUCCGUUUAAAAAAAUAGUUUUCAAAGUGACCUGUUAAUAUUAUUAAAUCAUCACAAUGUCUAAUUGUCAAAAAAAAUUCUUCGGGCCUCUGACAUUGCAUCAAAAUAAUUUAAAACCCACGAUUUUCCAAAACGACGAAUCUGUAGAAUGCUCUUGUGUGCUGUGUGAGGAGAAGUUUACUUUUCCCGAACGUGAGAAGCAGUUCCUAACUCAUCUGUUUAUGGAGCACCGGUUAGUGAUAGCCGAUGUUAAUCAGAUAGCUGAUUUGAAAGAAUACUUGCGAUAUUGGCGACUUCGGUUCAAAGAUAACAGCCUUCCGUUUUACUGCACCACAAUGCUUCUAGAUAACAAACCCGAUGGGACAAAAUCUAAAGAUGAAAAAUAUUAUUUACUAAGUGACGUUCUGCCAGAAGACAAAGAAUUACGUUCAAAUCUACAACAAACUAAACUACGGAAACUAUUGGAAAGACAUCAAUUUGAACGUGAAGACAAAAACUUCAUUAGAGAAUGUUUAUUUUGCCGUUACACUUCCAACACGACAAGAGUGCAUUAUCUAAGCCAUUUGUAUGAGAAACAUAAUUUUCAUAUAGCAAAACCAGAUAACCUAAUAUUCAUCGAUGAUUUAAUCAACACUCUUGAUUCGAAACUGGAAAAGUUGCAGUGUAUUUAUUGCGAAGGUCAUUUCAAUGAUAGGUCAGUCUUAAAGGAGCACAUGAGAAAGAAAGGUCACAAACGAAUCAAUGCUGAGAACAAAGAAUAUGAUAAAUACUUUUUAGUUAAUUAUAUCGGUGAUCAAGACAAAAAAAAUAUAACAAACAGGAAUACAAAUCAGAAUGCAUAUGAACGUGAUUCAAAUGUGGAUAGCGACCCAGAAUGGUCAGAAUGGACUGAAGAUAAUGGUCCACUUAUAACCUGCCUUCUAUGUGACCACACCGAAACCGAGUACGAGUAUAUUUUAACCCACAUGGACACUAAACACGAAUUCUCAUUCAUGGAUGCGACAAACGGAUUAGAUUUUUAUCAAAAGGUCAAAAUCGUUAACUUUAUAAGACGUCAAAUACAUUUAAAGCAAUGUCUAGCUUGCGAUACAAAGUUUGAUGAUUCAAAAAAUUUAGAAAAGCACAUCAAAGAGAAAAAACAUAUGACCUUGAGUCGAGAUAGAUGGGAUCAACCUGAAUAUUAUUUUCCAACAUAUGAAGAUGAUUUGUUCUUGUGUUUCAUACAAGAUGACGAUGAGAGCUGGUGGUCCGGUGAUGAGAGAGAAACAGAGAACCAAAAUGUAAUGUCAGAUAACAUAUCCAAAGAGAUGGCACUAGCAGUACUUGAUGAUUGAAUUGAAUUAUGAAUUGAACUUUCAGCUUAACCUUAUAUAGCCAUAAGGACUAUAAUAUAGUUUAAAGUGUAUUUUCAAUGAAGCUCGUUAUAAAUCAAAUAGCAAUAAUGAAAUAAGGGACUUUUUGCCUUAACACAUCUCAUACAAUUGAGGUGGUAGUGCUAAUCCUGAGUGACUUGAAAUGCGUCGAUUUUGCGUAAAGGUAGAAGGAAUCUUAUGUGUGAGUUGUGAAAUUAUAAGUUGCCCGUUGCAUUUGUAUUGAGAUGAUGCGGUUGUGUCAGUGAUGGAAUCCCACAGCCAGUUACUAGUAUUUCAAAUGAAUUACGUAUCCAACAAAUAUUGAUAAAGAACUUUCAUGCUGAAGAAAUAAGAUCGUGUAAUAAAAAUUUAACCUGUAAAAAUUAUAAUUAACAUAAUUACUAAUGUUAGGACAUCCUGUGAGUCCAUAUGAGUCCACCCUGCCCACUUUUUGCCGUCAGGGUGAGGCAGUUGGUGUUCUGGAAAAUUGACACAUAGAACUCUGGUCUGCAAAUGGGUGGUGACUUUUCAUGUCUAUGGGCUGUGGUAACCACUUAACACCAGGUGGACCGUAAGCUCCCCCACCCACCAAAGCAAUAAAAAAAUAGUAGGAUUUAUCAGUUUAUUUAAAUGUCUCAUUAUCUGUAUAGUGUAUUUAAAUAAUGUAAUCUGGUUGUUUUAAGAUAAAUAAAUUGUUUUACAGCCAUUUUUGGCCAUGGUUAUCAUGUUGAUGUGUUAAAAAUGUGAACUUUUAAUUGAUUUAAUUAAAAAAUGUUAUUAAAUUAAAAUGAUUUUUGGCCAAAUUUCGUUCUAAGUGAUCGCAUGAUAUAGCAUAAGAAGGAUUUAUGCCAAAAUUUAAAAUCUAUCGCGUGGAUAGUUUCAGAGAACUUGUCAUAAGUGAGAAUUUCAUUUUUAUCUGUAUAUGAGUCGUCUAUUAUCAAAGGUGGCAAUCUGUGCAUUUGGACAAAACAUUUUUAUUGAUAUGACAAUACAGAUUGAUUUGAAUAUAAUCGUCUCCUUCAAAGAAUACGGUUCAAAACCUGCAUUAAAUAAAGGUUAAUAGUUAACCUGUUAUUUAUCCAAGAUGUCGUUCCGAAGAGUUUUGUGACUGCCAAUGGAAUACAAAGUCAAUAAUUCGUUUUUCUGAUUUACCAAUCAUUGUCCAAAAGUCAGAUUGCCGGCUUUGAUAAUAGUCGACUCAUAUAUUUUAAAUCCGUAUACAAAAAGACCUAGCAGAAAUCUUUCUGAUCUUGUUUAUAUAUACUUGUCUCUUUUCUCACUACUAUUCUACACUAGCAAUAUUAUUGGUUGUGCAAUAAAUAGCAAUAUUGUUAUUUUGUGUCAAGGAUGUUUAUGAUGUGUGUGAGUGAUGGAAUACGAAAAUUUACUGGUGGUAGGACCUCUUGUGGGUCCGCGCGGAUAGGUACCACCAUCCUGCCUAUUUCUGCCGUGAAGCAGUAAUGCGUUUCGGUUUGAAGGGUGGGACAGCCGUUGUAACUAUACAUGAGACCCUAGAACUUAUAUCUCAAGGUAGGUGGCGCAUUUACGUUGUGGAUGUCUAUGGGCCCCAGUAACCACUUAACACCAGGUGGGCUGUGAGCUCGUCCACCCAUCUAAGCCAUAAAAAAAGGCGACUGAAUCUUUUAUUGCUUCUAAUAUACGUUUAGUAUUAUUUUUAUGUAUAAAAUAAUAUGUGUAAAGGUCUUGUUCAAUUUGAUAUUUGUCAUCGCCGAUUACAAAAUCUUUUGUUACCUAUGUCAAAUGUUUAAGUUUUUAUUGUUCUUGAUAUUUUAUAUAUCAAGCUAACU